AUGAGCGGUGGCAGCGGCGGCGGCGGAAACAGCGGCGGCAAUCAAGGUGGUAAUGGCAACGCCACGACUUAUCAUCAGCACCAACAGCAGCAGCAGCAGCAGCAGCAGCAACAGCAACAGCAGCAGCAGCAGCAAUCGCUGGAGCAGGCCGGCCUGCUGUCGGACCUCAAUGGCAUCGACCUGGCGAUGAGCCUGUCGCCGAAGCAGCACUCAUCCCACGUGCAAGCUGCCGUCGGUGCCCACACUACGCCCUUUAGCGUCUCCGAUAUCUUGUCGCCGAUCGAGGAAUCUUACCGGAAGCUCGAGCUCGCCGCCGCCGCCGCCGCCGUCGGUGUUAAUGUCGGCGUCGUAACACAUUCCCAGGGCUCGCCUUACGGGAACGCAUGCGGUGCACGGGUGGGUGGUAACACCGGUAGCUCGAGCGCGAGCAGCGGCAGCCCGCCGCUACACGGCGGUUCGACGCCCGGCGGCAGCACCCCCGGACCGGUUUCCGUUGCCAACGGGGCCGCCCCCGGUGGCGGUGGCGGCAGUGCCGGCGGCGCCGGCGGAGGCAUGAGUGCCAUGGGUAAUCCUUACGCGACUAUGCAGCUCACGUCGCAAUAUCAAUACUGCGCCGCGGAAUUGUCGCCGUAUCAUCACGCCGGGCCCGGCGUGGGCGCCACCGCCACGGCCACGGACCCCAUGAGGUCCCACGCGGUCUCGUCGCACCAUCAUCCGUGGUACGCACCGGCGCCACCGGCCACCAACGAUCCGCGCUUUGCCAUCUCGCGGCUGAUGGGCGCCGCGGCGGCGGGCGCCGGGACCAACAUGGCCGGCUGCUCGGUGGGCCAGUCGAUGGGCGACGUGACCAAGUCGUCGGGGAUGGGGGUGGGCGUCGGCGUCGGGGUCGGCGUCGGCAUGGGCGUCGGCGCGAUGCAAUUCCCCCUCGCGCAGAGACGUAAGAGACGCGUCCUCUUCACCCAGGCCCAGGUCUACGAGCUCGAAAGGCGGUUCAAGCAGCAAAAGUACCUCAGCGCGCCCGAACGGGAGCAUCUGGCGUCCUUAAUUCAUCUAACGCCCACGCAGGUGAAGAUAUGGUUUCAAAAUCACCGAUAUAAAUGCAAGAGGCAAGCGAAGGAAAAGGCCAUGGCCGAGCAGAACGCCCAAAAUCAGAGUGCGAGCUCGCCGCGGCGGGUGGCGGUGCCGGUGCUGGUGAAGGACGGGAAGCCAUGCGGGAGCGGCGGCGGCGGCGGGAACGAGGGUAGCCGCGGCGGGCCCAGCGCGGCCCUGGCGAGCCCGGCGCCGCACAUGACGGCGGCCUCGAGUCCCCACGGCACCCAUCACGCGGCGACCUCCUCGGUCACCCAUCACUCGGUCGUCGCCGGCGUCAGCCACGUGAUGAGCUCGAGCCAGAGCCUGCAGCACUGCUCGUACACGCGGUCCGGCGCGCAGCAGGGCAUGCAGCAGCAGCAGCAGCCGCAGUGCGGCGCGUAUCUACCGCUGCAGGGCCGAGCCUGGUAG